UGUUAUAAAAUAGGCUCUCCUCCUAGUGAAUAAUUCAAGAUAUACACCCACACAAAAAAACAAAGUAGUUUAUUAAACCAAAAAAAUGAAGACAUUCAUUUCCAGAUGUCUCCUUCUAUUGGCCCUUGUAUGCAGCUGCUCCGCCGCAGAUUCAAUAUGGGACCUCUGCAACAAAAACUCAAACGUCUCAAGCAGCAGCCAAAUCUCCAAGAACAUCGAUUCUAUUCUCGCUACCCUCGUCUCAAAGACUCCUUCACAAGGCUUCGUUACAACAACUUCCUCAAGUUACAACAAGAAAGACAAUGUCUACGGACUUGCUCAAUGCAGAGGUGACAUCAGCAAGACCGAUUGCACCACCUGCAUCCAAGACGCUGCCAAGAAAAUCCGUGAGGUCUGUCCGAACCAAUCUGACGCAAGGAUCUUGUACGACUUCUGCUUCUUGCGUUACAGCCAAGAGAAUUUCAUAGGGAAGCUCGACACGGGUGCUGGUCUCAUAUACUACAACGUCGCUAACGUAACCGAAACAGAUCCCAAAACGUUCGAUAAUGAACUCGGGAAACUCUUUGAUAAAAUUAGGUCUGAAGCGGUUUUGCGUGAGAGUCAAGGUUUAGGUAAAGGUAAGACAAAGCUGACACCGUUUGUGACACUAAACGGUUUGGUUCAGUGUACUAGGGACUUGAGCGCAUUAGAUUGCGCACAGUGUUUUGCAACUGCGGUCCAGAGCUUCAUGGGGGCUUGUCACAACAAGAAGGGAUGUCGUGUGUUGUACAGUAGUUGCUAUGUCCGGUAUGAGUUUUAUCCGUUUUACUUCCCUCUUGAUCCGGCUAAGACCGGCACUAGUGUCGGUACUAUUUCUUCCGUUAGGCUCUGAUAAGGGCCAGAGAACACAUAUGUGUGCAGACCUUUGACAAUAAAAUGAUAAAUAAAUCUAUUUCCCUUUGUUGCUUCUAUAACAUGUAAGCAAAUUAUAAGUUGAAAAGCUAUUUGUGUUCUAGAUUCCUA